GGAACAUGGUUGAAAAGCCAAAGGGCCCUUCCCAUUCACUCAUUGGUUAUGUGAGACAAAACAACCUCUCCACUCUCUCUCUCACCCAUCAUUCUCGACCAGCACACCUCAAGGAAGGAGGGAGGAACCUUUCACACCAUCUUCCAUAGCUGCACCUUGAGCUCAAACAAGGAGAAGUCCACAAAGGAAGUUUAAGGAGGGAAAAAGUGAGGAAAAACUUGGAUACUUAAGGAACUUGUCAAAGGUGAUUUAUAAGCUUUCACGAGGUUUAAAGGGUCGCCGGAGUUAUCGCCGGAGUUCGUCAAAGUUCACCGGAGUUUGGCCGGAGUUCAACCGAGAAGGGUAGAACUUCAUCACGCUCAUUCGAGGUUGAAGCUCAAGCUUGCACUCUCACCUUGCUCGGUGAAGUAAUCUAAAGGGAGACGUGAAAUGGAGGGUAGACGCAUGCGGACCAGGAACAAUCCGAGAGGGCAAGCACCGAUAGCUUCUGUUGGAGCUAGUCGGGCUCCAUCUCGAAGCUCCAGAGGUGGAAGAGGAGGACGUGGAGGCCGUGGGGGCCACCGAGCACAAACAGUGAGUGAUGGCCACGUGAGUUCGGUGUACGAGACUAGCACCGAGAACUACGACUCUACUUAUGUUCCUGAAACGGAGCAUGAAGAGACCCCAUACGAUGGGGGUGAUUUCCACACUGAUGAUGAGAAUGAUGAUGAGAGUGAUGCCCGAUUCGCCCAAAUGGGUGAAUUACUUGAGUGGUAUCAAAAGGAGAAGCUAAGGAGAGACCUUAGGCGCCAAGCAAGGCGUGGUUCUCAAGGUGUGUCGGCUCAAGGAAGCCGGGGAGCUCCAAGGGCCACACCUGGGGCUCCACAAGGUGGGCUUGAGGGGGGUUUUAUAGUGAGAAUCUCCAAGUACCUCAAGGAGGCUAGGGCCUUGGGGUGUAGGUCCUUCGAUGGCACCGGUGACAUUACCGUUGCCGCCGAUUGGAUCAAGAAGGUGAAGGAUGCAUCAAGGGACAUGCAAAUUACUCCGGAUGUGAAGCUAACCGUUGCUUCACGGUUGCUUGAGGGGAUGGCUUCUACAUGGUGGGAAGGUGUAGAAGGGAAGUACCGUGGGAAUAUCUCAUGGGAAAAUUUUGAGCGGGAGUUUUAUGCCCAAUACUACUCCGAUUUUGAGGUUAAUGUAAAAAGGAGGGAGUAUACCAACCUCAAGCAGAAGGAAGGUGGCACCGUUAAGCAGUUGGAGCAAGAGUUUAGAACCUUGGCUAGGUUCUUACCGGAGUAUGCAAUCGAUGAGGACCGCAUGACUGAGCACUUCUGGGAUGCCUUACUCUUAGACAUUCGAGAUCGUGCUACAUACUCCCGCCUCAUGACUUUCAGUGAGGUGGUAGAGCAGGGCAUGCUUGGGGAGGCCCAGUGGAAUGAGAGGAAAGCAAGGGACGCCGAGGAGGCGAAGAAGAGGAAGUGGAACAGUUCGGGGCCGCCCGAUCAUUCCCGAAAGAACAACCAUGGUGGUGGUGGGGGCUCAUUCAAGGCGCCGGCUCCACCGGCGAAAAAGAAUAGGGAUGGGAGGUGGCACGGACCUAGGCCACAGAACUCGGGAGCACCUAGAUGUCCCAAUUGCUCAAAACAGCAUUUUGGGAAGUGUAAUGAACCACCAAGGUGUUUCAAGUGUGGGAAUGCAGGCCAUAUGAAGGCCAAUUGUCCUCAAGCGACUCAGGAGAACACACCGGGAGCCGGAGGAGGGUCCAUGACGGGGAGGAGCCGUGCGGGACCGUCACAUGGUGGCACGGGGAGAGGCGGCGCAUCAACGAGCCAUGCCGCGUCCGUCAACCAAGGCGGGGCCCAAGCACGAGUUUAUGCUAUGACCGAGGCCGAUGCUCGGGCUAACCCCGACUCCGUUGCAGGUUGAAGCUCAAGCUUGCACUCUCACCUUGCUCGGUGAAGUAAUCUAAAGGGAGACGUGGUUCGUGCUUCCUUUACUAUUUUAAACUAUAAACUAUGCUCAUGGAUAUUUUGUAAUAAGUACAUUUGUUUUGGGCCUGCGAGUCCACGUUUUGGCCAUAUGUGGCCCAUGAUUGAAUAUUGAAUAUUUCCGCGAUUCGUUCAAUCCAAAUAUGUGAUGUUGUUAUGUA